AUGUCUCAACCUUGCAAUAUUCAUGGUUUAUGUGGUCCUAAUGGAAUCUGCCAUUACUCACCUAAACCAACAUGUUCAUGCCCACUAGGUUAUGCGAUGAGAAACCCAGAUAACUGGACUGAAGGAUGUAUGGCUAUUGUCAACAUAACCUGUGAUGACUAUGACAAAAAUUCUAUGAAAUUUGUGAAACUUCCAAAUACAGAUUUUUGGGGGUCAGAUCAGCAACAUCUUCUGUCAGUUUCUCUUCAAACUUGUAGGAAUAUUUGCAUCAGUGACUGCACCUGUAAAGGCUUUCAAUAUCAGGAAGGUACAGGAUCAUGCUAUCCAAAAGCUUAUCUUUUCAGCGGAAGAACCUACCCAACAUCUGAUGUACGAACAAUAUAUCUCAAGCUUCCAACAAGGGUUAAUGUUUCGAAUGUCCCUAUUCCACAUUCCAAUGUGUUUGAUUCUGUGCCCCAUCGCCUUGACUGUGAUCAGAUGAACAAAAGCAUCAGAGAACCAUUUCCAGAUGUGCAUAAGACCGGUGGAAGAGAAUCAAAAUGGUUUUACUUCUAUGGGUUCAUAGCUGCAUUUUUUGUUGUUGAAGUUUCCUUUAUUUCAUUUGCAUGGUUCUUUGUUUUGAGAAGAGAGCUUAGGCCAUCAGAAUUAUGGGCAGCUGAGGAAGGUUACAAAGUAAUGACUAGUAAUUUUAGAAGAUAUAGUUACAGAGAACUUGUGAAAACGACCAGAAAAUUUAAAGUUGAGCUAGGAAGGGGAGCAUCAGGCACUGUGUACAAAGGUGUCCUAGAAGAUGAUAGGCAAGUGGCUGUGAAGAGGCUGGAAAAUGUAAGGGAAGGUAAGGAAGUGUUUCAAGCUGAGCUAAGUGUAAUUGGGAGGAUCAACCACAUGAACCUUGUGAGGAUAUGGGGUUUUUGUUCAGAAGAAUCUCAUAGGUUGUUGGUCUCUGAAUACGUUGAGAAUGGAUCACUGGCUAACAUUUUGUUCAAUGAAAAAAGCAAUAUCUUAUUGGACUGGAAGGGAAGGUUCAAUAUUGCAUCAGGUGUUGCAAAAGGGUUAGCCUAUCUUCACCAUGAGUGCUUAGAGUGGGUCAUCCAUUGUGAUGUGAAACCUGAGAACAAACUGUUAGACCAAACUUUUGAGCCCAAGAUCACUGACUUUGGGUUGGCCAAGUUACUAAACAGAGGAGGUUCCACCCAGAAUGUAUCCCAUGUAAGAGGAACACUAGGUUACAUUGCACCUGAGUGGGUUUCCAGUCUCCCGAUCACAGCAAAAGUUGAUGUAUACAGUUAUGGGGUUGUGCUUCUUGAGUUAUUGAUAGGCCCUAGAGUUUCAGAGUUGGUGGAAGGUCCAAGUGAGGUGCACAAUAUGCUUAGAAAGCUUGUCAGAAUGCUUUCUGCUAAACUUGAAGGGGAGGAACAAUCGUGGAUUGUUGGGUUUGUGGAUUCGAAAUUGAGUCGUCCGGUCAACUAUGUGCAAGCAAGAACACUAAUCAAAUUGGCAGUUUCCUGCUUGGAGGAAGACAGAAGCAAAAGACCAACUAUGGAAUAUGCAGUCCAGACCCGCCUGUCAGCUGAUGACUGA